UUCAAUUGGAGUUUGGUAACGCAUUUAGAUACUUUUAGAACCGUUUAAGUAACUGCUAUCUAGCUAGCAUAUUUAGCUAACUUUCAAGCUGGCGUUACUGUAUCUAUCAAGCCGCUCAUCAAAUUAAGAUGCCAGUCCUCUGUAGCAGUUGUGCUGAAAAGCGUGCAGUGCUGAAACGUCCAAAGACGGCCCAUUCCCUGUGUAAGGAAUGCUUCUUCUGGGCCUUUGAGGAGGAGGUGCAUCAGACAAUAGUCUCAGCGCAGCUCUUCAAACAUGGAGAAACUGUGGGCAUUGGUGCCUCGGGUGGGAAGGACUCCACUGUGCUGGCACAUGUCAUGAAAGUCCUAAAUGAGCGCUAUAACUACGGCCUGAAACUACUGCUACUGUCAGUGGAUGAGGGCAUCACAGGUUACCGUGACGACUCCUUGGAGACAGUGAAGAGGAACCAGCAGCAGUAUGAGCUGCCUCUGAAGAUUGUAUCCUAUGAGGAGCUGUAUGGUUGGACCAUGGAUGCCAUAGUGAAGCAGGUUGGACUGAAGAACAAUUGCACUUUCUGUGGAGUGUUCAGAAGGCAGGCGCUGGACAGGGGAGCCAUGAUGCUGAAGGUUGAUAAGAUAUGUACAGGUCACAACGCUGACGAUGUGGCAGAGACAGUUCUGAUGAACGUCCUCCGAGGAGACAUCGCCCGUCUGCGUCGCUGCACUGCUAUAAGCACAGCGAGCGAGGGCGAAGGGGUGGUGCCACGCUGCAAGCCCCUCAAAUAUGCUUACGAGAAGGAGAUUGUCCUCUACGCCUACUUCAAGAAGCUGGACUACUUCUCCACAGAGUGCAUCUACUCCCCCAACGCUUACAGAGGCCACGCCCGCACCUUCCUGAAAGACCUGGAGGCUGUGCGGCCCAGCGCCAUCAUGGACGUCAUCCACUCUGGGGAGAACCUGUCAGUGAGGGAGGGCGUGAAGAUGCCCGUUCAGGGGACCUGCGGCCGCUGUGGCUACAUCUCCAGCCAGGCGCUGUGUAAGUCCUGUGUGCUGCUGGAGGGCCUGAACCGUGGCCUGCCCAGACUAGGAAUCGGAAAGCACCACCGUCUCCACGAGAAGAUCCUCUCACAGCAGCCUCUGACCCAGGAAGAGGAGAGGAAGCUCAAGGCUGUGGACUUCUGAGAGGCCACUCCAGGCCCGGUUUCCCGACAGCGAUGGAACUUACGAGUGUAUUAACGAUGCAUCUUUCCGACAACGGCUGAAGAUGUAACAUGAGUUUCCCAAAACACCACGCAGAGAGAACGCUCACUAAGUGCGUCGUUGAGGCAUGUGACGAUACUGAUAGAAUCAAAAGAAAGGUAACACUGCUCUCGGAUCAGAAUUCUCCAUUCAAAUCUGACCUUAACAUUCAAAUUAUUCCACAAUACUGACAACGGAUCAGCUCUUAGAGAUAUUAUUAUCUAAGGCUACAAAUAUUGAGGCGGCUUAUUCUAAUGCUCACCCUAUAAUAAUGCAUUAAAUCAGGAUUUGGCACAUCAUUAAAUAUAUUGAGGAAAAAACGAGACAGUGUACAAAUAGCAAAAUAGAAGUCAAUUAAUUGAGCAUGAAAUAUAUUUCAAUAUGAUUGAAAGAGGCCUACAGGCUACUGAAUUUCUAUUUGAAUGCAUUCAUCUCAGUUGGAAUGUGAAGCAUCUUUGUAUACGUUGAUUGUUUGUAUCAAUUGCAAAGACAUUGGCAACUUUGUGUUUGUAUUCAACGUUGUUCUGAAGUUAUCGGUGGUUACAGAGAGAUGGAUAAACCAUGUGAUUCAAGUUUCAGCAGAGAUCCUCUGUAUAACGGGAGGGCAAAAAAAAGCGUCUAACGACAAACUUAGCGGUCCUGCGAGUGGUCUGAGGCAGGCAUUAGAUUACAAGUGUUUUAAAUGCAACGUUAAUAACGAUGGUUUUAGGAAACGGCUCAGAGAUUUUAACGAUGCUCCUAUGAAGGUUCUAACUAUGAACUUAGCCUUAAGAUGCUUUUGGGAACCGGGCCCUGAGCAGUCCAGCAACUCUUCUUGAACCAUUCCUGGGUACUUUUGAUGUGUGUUUGGGGUCGUUGUCCUUCUAUAAGACCCACAACCUUUAACAGAAAGAUUUUUUGUGGACACUGGAUGAUUAUUGGACUCUAAAACACCUUGGUAAUCUGCUGAUUACAUGAUGUCUUGCACACAUUCAAGGCCCCCAGUUUCCUAGGCAGCAAAGCAAACCCACAGUAUUUUUCGAACCCCCCCAAUUUUUGAUUGAAGGGAGGGUGUUGUUUUCUUUGAAUGCUUUUGUCAUUGGUAAACAUAGUAAGACACGACUGCUGGGAGACAAGAAAGCCUGGUGGAACUUCUCCAAACAAGGCAAAAUCCUGGGGGAAAUGUUAUGUGGUGUUUUUACUGACAACCAAAUCAAGCAUUCAAUGAAAAUAACUCUACAAUCAAAGAUGAGUGAGGUCUGAUGAUUCUGUGGGGUUGCUUUGCUGCCUCAGGUACUGGGGGCCUUGAACGUACAGGCAUCAUAAAAUCAGCAGAUUAUCAAGUGUUUUGGAGUCCAAUCUACAACCCAGCAUCCAAAAGCUGUCUCUGCAUUGAAGGUUGUGGGUCUUCCAGCAGGGCAAUGACCCCAAACACACAACAAAAAGCACCCAGAAAUGGUUGAAGAAAAGAUGCUGGACUGUUCUGGAGUGGCCAGCGAAAGUCCAAAUCUGAAAUGGGGAAUCAUUUAAGAAAAGUCCAAGGAUGCCAAUGUAUAUUUGCCUGCAACUGUAAAUGAUCUGUAUAGACAGUAUAUGAAUAGAAAGGUGUGUACAGCAGUAGUUGUAUAUGAUGAGCCAUGACUAGAAUGCAUUGUGUAAACAUUAUUAAAGUGACCAGUGUUCAGUGACUAUGUGCAUAGGGCUGCAGUCUUUAACGUGCAGGGUAGAGUACCGGGUGGUAGCCGGCUAGUGACAGUGUCUAACGUUCGGGGGAGGGUAACGGGCUGAUGGCCUGGAGAUAGAAGCUGUUUUUCAGUCUCUCGGUCCCAGCUUUGAUGCACCUGUACUGUCUCCACGUUCUAGAGCACGUGUCGAGCUCAUUCUACCGUGGGCCGAUUGUCUGCGGGUUUUUGCUCCUCCCUUGUGCUUUAUUGAUGAAUUAAGGUCACUAAUUAGUAAGGAACUCCCUUCGCCUGGUUGUCUAGGUCUUAAUUGAAACUUAAAACCUGCAGACACUCUGUCCUCUGUGGAAUGAGUUUGAGACUGCCGUUCUAGGGGGUAGCGGUAGAGCAGGGUCUAAAUGGUGAAGUGAGAAUGAUAAAUUAUGUCUUUCUUGCAAUUUCUGGAAUCCAAAUGCAAUUUACAUUCAGCUAUGUGGUCAGUGAAUCAGCACAUUAUGAAACUUCUGUCAGCUGAUGAUUGAAAUACAAGUGCAUUUUGUAUGGCAACUGUAUAUUAAAGCUAUUCAACUUUU